AUGAAGGCCCGUGAGUCCCCGCCAAGCCCCCCGCCCCCCUGCCACGCACGUCCCCUACUUCCCACCCUUCCCUCCUCACUUCUCCCACCCCGCUCCCUUGGACUCGUUCCCCUCCCUCUCCCCGCUCGUCGCCCUCUCCCCACAGCCCGCAUUGUGCUUGUCCCCAUCCCCUCCUGCUCUGCUGCCAACCCCUUCCGCCUUUACCUCCCGCGCCGUCCCGCCAUCCGCCCUUGCGCCCUGACGCCCGCCGUGCUGCGCAGAGCGGAGCGAGGCGCCAGCAGGCAUGGCGAUGGGAAAGGCCGCGGAGGCGCAAGGGAGGGCGGAAGCCAUGGAGGAUCAGGGGGCAGAGGCAGCGCAGGAGGGGGGUGGCGCGGAGCAGCGGCAGCAGCGGAGGAGGAUGAGGAGGAGGAGUUUCUGAGCGUGGGCAGUGGUGAAGACGCGCAUUCCCUAGGUGCGACGCCCAAGGGGGCGCUGCUGCUGCCCCUCGCCUGUCGCCCAUGCUCCUUGCCUCCACUGGUCCGCACCAUCGCCCACCGCCUCUCCAUCGCAACCGCCCGCAGGCCCUCCUCGCCACCGUCCCUUUCCCCUGCUGCGCUCGCCACCCCCCUGGCCGCCAAGUUACCCCACGAGCUGCCACCUGUGCAGGAGUUGGACGAGGAAACAGAGGCAGGGGGCCAGGCGACGGCUCAUCCACGCCCCCUGCUGCGCCCGACACGCCCCCCCUCGCCCCCCCCCCCACCCGCAUCGUCGCAGCUCACCCCCACCAUCGCCCCCUUGGCCUCCACGCCCGCCUCCGCCUCCUCUGCUUGCGCCCUGCCUGCCGUGCUGCCCCCUGCUGCCGUGCUGCCUGGCAAUGCGGCGAGCGAGGGGGCGGUGGCGGCGAUGGUGGGGUGUGAGGCGGAUGGCAGCGCUGCCUUGCCUGCUUGCCGCUCAAGAUGCUGGGCCACAACUCACCUGCUCACAGUAGUGCCCUUCCACCCGCUGCUGCUGCUCUUGCUGCUUCUGCUGCAGUCCACUGCCAUGACCACGACACUGAACCACUUCUACCUGCAACCACUGAUGUUCCCCCCCCAACCUGCUGCUCUUACCAAACCUGCUGCUUCCAUUUCCGAACCUGUUGUUCCAGCGGAUGCUGCUGCUCCCCCCGACCUAUCCACCCUCCCUUCGUCCACCGGUGCACACACUGCCCCCUCCGCCGCCUCCUCGCUCCCAUCUCUUCAUCCCCAUCAAAAUCCGCCCCUUCUCCCUCUCCCUCUCCACCUCCUCAUCUUGCUGCUGCACCCGCGCCACCCUCGCCCUCCCCCUCGCGCCCGCCCCCCCAGCGCCCCCCCCGCGCACCGCCUUGUGUCCUUCCUGCGCCGCCCCUCCUCCCCCGGCCGCCAUGCCCCCCCGCGCCGCUCCUGCUCCGACGCCUCCGCCUCCACCGCCCGCCGUGCUGCUAGGCCACCUGCCGUGUUCCACGCGGAGGGAGGGGGGGCGGAGAGGAAGGGCGCGGACAAGGGGCAGCAGCGGGUCCUGCCACCGUGCCGCACGCGGUCACUCCCGCAGCCCCUGGCGGGGCAGCUGCCGCGCCUCUCGCCCUCUGAGUACGCCGCGCACCUGGAGGCGGAAGCCACCGCCGCGGCUGCCAGCAGUGUGGGGCAGGGCGGCAGUGAUUGCGGGCUCGUGGCAGGGCGAGGGUGGGGUGUCGUUUGCGCAGGGGGGCCAGGCGGACAGCCACAGCUGCACGCACUUCUGGACGCCCGUGGCGCCCUCGUGCUUCCACUCACGGCGUGUGAGCGGGCAGCGCACCCAGUGGCGCCAUACGUGGUGACGGCCGGGGGGGCAGCAGCGCAUGUGGGCAGUGCGCUGAGUGCACGCGAGGGUGGCGGCACUGGUUUCGGCGUGGCCGCCGUACCUCGUCAUCACAUCCAGGUCAGCCCUGCUCCGCGUGCUGGGGGUGCUGCUGGCCCUGCGUACCCACACCCCUCUUUCGGUAUACCACUCACUCACUCACUGCAUGCCCACGUUGCUCAUCCCCUGCAACCCCACUCUUCUCCCCCUUCCCUUGUUCCCUGGUCCGGCCAUCCGCCAGGCGCCCAUGCAGCUGGCGAGGCAGAGCCCCACGCGCACGAGGCGGUGGAGGCGCCCCCAGCGGUGGCGCAAGGGGGGCCGCGCGGAGGGCGUGAGCGUGGUGCUCUAUGCGCAGAUCUGCACCGAUUUCUUCCUCUCUGCUCCGCCCAACAUGCUGCCGCUGCUGCAGGUGCGCCCGUCGUGGUGCAGUGCGGUGAAUCAUGGUGCAGAGGAGAGUGGCGUGGAGGAAGGGGAUGCGAGAGGCAAGGAGAGGCAGCAGUGAAAGCGGAGGAGGGGACGGCCGAGGGUGGCAGUGAUGGGAGCAGUGGAGCGGGGGAUGAGAGUGCGUCUCUGCUCGUGCAUCCCUGCCAGAUGUUCUUCCGGGUAACUCUCUCUGACCCACCUGCCCUGCUGCUCACCUUGCGGGUCAGCAGUGGUGCAUGUGUGACCCUGGGUCCCGACUACCUGGAGGUGGACGUCGACUUGCACCGCGUGCCGGACGACCGCCGCCACCCCGCUGCUGGUGCGUGCUGCGGGGCUGCCCACCCACCAUGUGGACAUCGCCAUCGUCUCCCAGGUGACUGCCAUGUGCUGCCUGCCUCAUCUCACAUGCCUCCCUCUACUCCCUGCCAGGCCACUGCACUGCCAGGCGACUGCCCUGCCCUGGCAGCCCUGUGUCACUCUCCAUCUCCACGCAUGUGUCCCUCAUCAUCACUCACCCCUUGUCUCUGCACACCCCUCGCUUCUCAUGCAUCUCAACCUGGUGCCCCGUCCACUGGGCGUGGCGUGCGUGCCCCCUGGCAGGGCAACAAUGAGUGGGAGGUACCGGAGCCGUGGUGGCGUGUGCCAGGCUGGGCCACAUCGAUGCUGACCUCCUCACCACCUGCGCCACAUGCCCUGACACCUGCUGUGCCCUGCUGGCUCCGCUGA